ACGAGGUUUGAAAAACACACACACACGCAAUGUUAAUGACUCUAAUAUGUGUGGCAACAUCGUCUUGCGACAAACAGGGGGAAAGCAGAGAGAGGGAGAGAGGCAGUGUUGUUAUUGACAUUCCUGGCUGGUUCUGAUACGGUUUCCCGAGAUCUUUGGAUUUCCUGACGUGGAAAGGCGUAGAUUUGCAGGGUUGUUCAAUCCUACCAAUUGAUUGUUUUACAUUGCAAGUCUCUGUGUGUUUUGUUCUGAGGCUUGGGUUUUUUUUUUUCUCUCCUGAAUGCACGGGAGGUUUUUUUUUAAUCUCCCCCCAUUGAAAGUUUGUUCAGAACAUGCGUCAGUCGCCGUCUGCACCUUGGCUGUGCGGAGUUGAUGUGUCGAUUGAGCGAGUUAUGUGAAGUGCUCGGUGGGGGAUUGGGAGAAUGCAAUACUGUACAUAGAUAGGGAGUGCUCACGGGAGAGACGGGGAGGGAGAGUAGGAUUCAAGUGGAGAGAGUAUAUAAAGGGGGUUGGAGAAUGCAAUAGAUAGAGAGUGCAGUAGGCAGAGAAGGAGGGAGAGGGUUAGUAUUUAGAUUUAAGUGGAGAGAGUAUAUAAAACAGACUAUGAGGUUGCAAUGGGUCUUUUCUGGUUAAGGAACAUUCUUGCUUGUAGGUUGCCGAGGGCAAAUAAUGGCAGAGGCAGCAAUUGAGAGGGGUUUUUCUGCACGUUUGCAGCUGAAUUAUUUCUGACCUGGUUUAAAUGCAGCGGUGCGAGCGAUGGAAAAGUACGAGACGCUGGCGUACGACACUGCCUUGAGUACCUUGGUGGCGGUGUUGAUCUAUGUGGUUCUGAAAGUGAGCGUGGAUGGUUACCGGCAGUGGCGAGCUCGGGCCAAGGUGCUGGUGGUGGGCUCGGGUCCGGUGGGCUUGACGGCGGCGCUGAUAGCCGCUCGCUCGGGCAAGGUGCAGCGCCUGGUGCUGUUGGAGGAGCGUUGCCGCACGGCGCUGCUCGCCAGACCGCAGCAGAUCGCCCUGGACUCCCGCAGCGUCCGCUUCCUCCUCGGGCUCGGCGUGGACUUCGACAAUGUGGAGGGAUGCUGGCACAACGAGCACUUCUUCACCAAGGUCGGGGUCUUCCAGGAGUACCUGCUCAGCCUGCUGGAGAAAAGGAAGCAGGAGAUGGACAUUCAGAUCCAUCUUGGCACCAAGUUCACGGAGGAGUACUUGAAGAAGAUCCCAAUGAGCGAAUUUCCUCGCGUGAUUGUAAUCUGCGAUGGCUCAUGUGGUGAGUCGAGUUCCGUGCUUGGAAUCAGCUCGGAUUACAUUGUGGAGUCGUGCAAUGCUUACGGUGCCAACGCUGCCUUGGAAAGAGCUGAUCAGCGGCAGGUUCCCACUCCGGAGAUCCGGGCUCACAGUUUGUACUUCGACCUUUCAGCCUACGGGGUGGAGUUUGCCUCUUGCAACAAGGAAGCACCAAGCUCGCAACCCUCUGCCUUGAGGCCCGGCUCCCACCUGAAGAUCUACGGCACUUUUCGGAACCGUUACAUGGCACUCGCUUGCCCAACGACUGACUCCAAGGUGGUCAAAUUCCUUCGUCACACGCCAAACUCCUCGAUAAUGAAGAAUAUAUUUCAUCAGUCCUUCAAUGCAUACAAAACGGGCAUUGAGCCUCGGGUGAACGACCUGACAAUUCACCUUCUACAGUGCAGCCGAAGGCUAUUUGAAAUCCUGUUGUCACACAGGAGGAUCACGGCAGCUUACAUUGAAGGAGAUAACGUUGUAGUCACCAUAGAAGGUGAAGCAGCCAGGGUCUUAAACUUUGACACAGGUUGUGGAGUCAACCUUGGUCUGAACGGCUUGGAGUCCUUGGAGGAAUUUAUUUACAAGGUAGCAACGGCGGUUGAUCAAAAUGACGUAUUUGAAGCUCUCUCUGGGAAAAUCCGACACUCCAAGCAGAUGGCGGAGGACUUCCGGCGGAAUGGCUUGACUCUGACCAUGUUUCAGUGAGACGACACGGGAUGGUGUGUCUGAGGUCUGACUUGUGGACGGCUGCGAAUAAUGCAUUGUGAACUCUGCCCUGCGUGUUGAUAGAUAACGGCACUACUCUAGCCAUUAGAGUCUAGUGGACUGGAGUGCAUAGGCACAAUAACAUUCAGAGAUGUAACCUUAGAUGAUAAAGCUAAAGUGAGUAGCUUCAGGGAAGCCUGAAGACCUGUUCAUGCCUGCGCUGUCACAUUAGGCCAUCGGUCAAAAUGGUUUAACUGCUCCUAAUAAGACAUUUUAUCACCGUUUACAUUACAAUUCUAGUUGCCAAUAUCAUGGAGGAUCUCAAGAUAAAGUUAUCACUGCAUAGUUAAAUGGGUGAUGAAACUUUUUGUCAGACUGUAAAAUGUGGAUCUGCAAUGCUCAUCAACUCGAUCAAUCAAUCAUUGACUAUUCAGCAGCAACCAACACUCUUGUGAUAGUCCACGCACUGUUUUACUAACCCUGGAUCCCAAAGGUUAUUCAUAAACGUUCUUGAAGCACCUUGGUUGAAAAUCUCUGUUGCGUACCUUAAAAGCAAACAAAUUAAUUGAAUUGCGUAUGUCACAAAUGUAAACAGUAUGGUGGUCAGAUUUGAGACAUGGGUUACACAAUUGAAUGGUAUGGACAUUGGUCUUUAGGUACUUUAGGUGCAGUGACAGUCUUUGCUACAUCACAAUGAUUUAUGGAUUUGCAUCUAAAUGGCUACUACACCAGGUAUUGAGAUGAAUGGAUUCUGGAUGAUGUUUAUGAUGUUCACCAGCUGAAUAAAGAAAUUGUUUGCAG